GUGGUGGAUUCGGCCGUGAAACGCAUCAAACUCGAAUUCAAAUUCACCAACAUGUUAUAUGAGCAGCUGCCCUACUUCCAUGCUGGUGAUGUGGUGCUGCAAUUCAAAGGUGGCACCACACUUUGUGCGGAUAAGAAUUUGCUAGCAUUGCACUCCAGAUAUAUGGCCUCAUUGCUUUACGAAGCAGCCGACGGAGCCAUCAUAGACAUGGGUGAUUUUGAAAUGGAGGCUUUCCGUGAGCUGCUCUAUCAGAUCUAUGCAACAAGGCGACCUAUCGAAACGGAUUUGCCACGGAUUGCACGAGCUGCAAACGCCUACAGAGCCGAUAUCAUAUUGUCCAAGCUGACAGCGCAUAUCCGUGCGCUGGACGUCAGUAGACUUUGGGUAACGCUAAUUAAAGAUGGCUUUGAACCGAAAUCACUCGGCAAAGAAAUCUAUCGCCAUAUCAUUUGUCCAUCGAUUCUGAAGGCAAAGUCACAGCCGUACGGCACACCACUUCAACCGACAUGGAACAACUUCAAUUUCUCAAUUCCACAACCUCCGUUCACAGCACCCUUUGUGGCUGAAAAUGAAAUAUGGCAUGUGAAUAAAGGUAUUUUCGGUAUUCACAAUCAAGCCGGAUACGAUGUCGGUCAAAACGGUGAAUUGAUCGCGAGAAUAACGCCAAAAAUACGAGCGGAAUGCGCGAAGAAUGGAGUGACCGUGCCCGGUCUUGUUGACAUGAUACUGAAACAUGUCUAUCCGAGUCGAACCAUUAUUCCGGGACGUUAUUUCCGACCAAUGAUGGUGUUCGCUGAAGAGCACAACUUAAAACGGCUACUCCUCAGUCUUGGAGAGAUGGUUUGUUUGGAACCACCGCUGACUGCUGAGCAAAUGUUGGAGCAUCUGCAAUUGGCCGAUCGUUAUGAUCUGAAAAAUCUACGCCGUGCUUGUCUUCUACGAAUCGAAGGAAGUUUCAAGUCUCGGGCUUCCAAACUGAUGACGUUACCCGAAUACAAAGAGUUGCCCGAGAAAAUACGUGAGGAAAUCGAGGACAGACAUUGCUCUGGAUGGGCAUUGCAAGAUGGACAUCUGGCCGGGUAG